UUUGCUGCUACUUUACUGCUCUCUCCACCUCUCCCCCCUCUCCACCUCCCUCGCCUUCCAUUGUGAACCCUGGUGGUCACACGGAACAACAUUCAAAGCAACAGACAAACCAGUCAAGUUUACGAGCUCUAGCCCAACAUGCACUUCUCCGCUGCUCUCGUCGCCGCUCUCUCGAUCUCGGCCACCACUACCUCGGCCAUCCCCCUCCGCCACGCCCACCCUGGCUCAUCGUCGCAGGCGCUCCUGGCGCGCGACGCCGAGGGCCACCUAGCCAGGCGCAACGUCGAAGCCCUCAUCGCCCGUGGUGUUGGUCUCGAUGCUGCCUCGGCAAAGGAGGGCCGCACCAUCCUGGCGCGCUACGCUCACAUCGCCAACGACGGUGAGCGCAGCAUGGCCGUUGUUCGCGACCUUCACCGUCGAGGAAUCCUCGACAUGCUCGUCGCCGCCCUCCGCGACAUUGUCGUCGAGCUUCUCGGCAGCAGUGGCAUGGCCCGUCGUCAGGAGGCUCACGGUGAUGACUCGCACGAGGAGCUCGUCCAGGGCAUUGCGUGCCUCAUCGACCAGAUGGUCGGCGUUGACAGCGGCGCAAAGUGCUCGGCGGGUGCCGCUCCCGCAGCUCCCGCCGCUGGCACCAAUGCCACCGCCAAUGCCACCACGGCUGCUACGGAGGGCAAGAACAGCACCCGUACCGCCGUUCUGGACACCUCGAGCCCCGAGAAGACCAAGGCAUCUCUCGCCAAACUUCUCACUCAGGUCAGCACGGCCCUGAACGACAACACCAGCAAGGCAAACUCGACGACGGCAACGACGGAACACAAGAGCAAGGACAAGAAGAAGGACGCGACGGCUUCGCUGUCGUCGACGUCAUCGGCGCUUGCUGCUAAGCAGACGCCUUCUGCCUCGACGAAGAUUUGGGCCCGUGACCUGGAGUUGAUGGCGCGCCAGGAGGGUGUUGAGGGCCUGCUUCAGGUCCUCCGCAGCCUUGUCGAUGCGAUUCUCAACACGCUUCUGCCGAUGAGCUCUCGCGAUGAGGAUAGCUCGAGCUCGUCGGCCAGCAGCAGCUUCGGCAAGAACUGCCCUCCUCCCAGCCCCAACGACGGAAUGUACCGACCCGGAUGCCCCGGCUACGGUCGCCGAAGCCACAUCUCCAGCGACAUUGUCAUGAGCCAGCGCGACGCCAGCUCGCUCCAGAGCCUGCUCCCGAUGAUCAACAUGCUCAUCGAGAACCUCCCUUCGCUGCUCCAGCAGGGCACUGCUCCCGCUGCCGCCGCCGUGCCCACGUCGUCUUCCGCCAAGUCCGCCGCCACCACCGGUGACGCUGACCCGGAAGCCGGAAGUGCCGACGCACUUGCCAGCCUCCUCGGACUGGCUUCUGCCACACCUUCGUCUGCUGCCUCGGCUGCCACAGCCACGGCAGCCUCCAAGAACAAUGACUCAGCCGGCUCUGCCGCGAGUGGAAGCAGCAGCUCCUCGUCGGCAUCGACGCCCAAGUCAUCAGCCAAGGCAGACAAGGCUAGCAGCAAGGCGGACAAGGAGGGCCAGGCUCCCAUCUCUGCCGCCAAGCUCUCCAUCGACUCUCGCGAUCUUCUCGAUGCCGACGGUUUCGAGAUGUCGAAGCGAUGGGAUGGCGACAAUGCCGAUGACAACGUCUCGCAGGACGGCAACCAUGGCGGCAUUCAGGUUCAAGCUCUCAACGACGUGCUCAACAACCUCCUUGGCGGUCACGGUCUCUCGCGGCGCCAGAACAACGCCGGCGGCGGAUCGUCGCAGGACGGUAACCAGGGCGGCAUCCAAGUCAGCCUCCUUGACAACCUCCUCAACGGCCUUCUUGGCGGUCUCCUUGGCGGCAACGACAAGGAGGCUACCACGACCAGCGCCGCAAAGACGAACACCUCGGACAAGUCGGCAGCCUCGGAUGCAGCCACCCCCGCUGCCGGCGGCAACAACGGCGGCGGCGGCUCGAGCCAGGACGGUAACUCGAACGGUAUCAACGUCUCGAUCCUCAACGACCUCCUCAACGGUCUCCUGGGUGGUCUUCUCGGCGGCAACAGCCGUCGCUCCAACGUCGACGACAACACGUCGCAGAGCAACAACCACGGCGGUAUCAACGUUCAGGUCCUCAACGGCCUCCUGAACAACCUCCUCGGCUCCCACCACGCCCGUCGCGCCCUCGUCACCUUCGCCGCUCGCAACGUCCUGCUCGAGGCCCGCGCCGACUUUGCUCCCGUUUGGACGGAGAUCAAGAAGCUGGGCAACGCCCACUUUGACACUCCCCAGCGCCGUGACGCAAGCGAGGGCUUCGCCCCCGUCUGGUCCUCGUUCCGCGACAUGGUUGACUCCGCCUACGCCGAGGGUGACGCCAAGACCCACGACAAGCGCGCUCCCCUCCCCACCGUCGACACCAAGCCCUUCGCCCAGUUUGCCAAGGAUCAGAUGAAGGAGUGGACUGUUGCACUCAACGAGCACUCCAAGGCCCACGGAAAGGCGCAAUAAACGGCUUCAACCUCUCGACUCGACUCGGUUUCGCAACAUAGCAGCAAACACAAAGAUAACAAAGCACAGGACAUCAAAUGGCUUCCGCUCCUUACCAACAACAACAUUCCCUUUUCCGUCUCCCCCUCUUCUGAGAAGAGGUAGUGCGGGUCAGGGGCAUAAUUAAUGGGAUAUCAUAGCGUCACCUCCCCCACCUCCCCCAUCCCAUCUCGGCUUUGUCGUCCCUUUGAUGUAUCUCUCCUGCCUACUUUCUGUUCUUCUCUUUGAAAGGG